AUGACUCGACCAACAGAAUUCAUGGAUGUUGCAGAUUCUGAUUUUCUCGGUAACAAAGAAUUUGAUGAGGAAGACUCAGAAUUUGAGACUGAUUUUGAGAAAUACUUUGUCUACUCCACUGCCAAGAACCGCUUCUUUGGCCGGAAAAGGCCUCUUCGUGUGAUCCUAGGCUCUGGACUGAGUAUGCUCUUCUGCUUCUUUUAUACUCCUUCAUACAUGACAUGCUUUGAAAGUUUCAUUUGUGUUUCAAAAAUUACAUUGAACAUGUUAACUUGGGGCAUGUUUGGAUCACCACCCCCUGAAUUAUCAGCAUUCAUCUUGCCCAAAGGGUUGCUUGUCAGUACAGCUAUUUCAGUUACAGUGACAUUGGGAGCUGUCUCAGUUCUUGACUGUUGGAUCACUGCAGCAACUCUAAUCUACAUAGUGUCCGUGAUAUUGCUGAUAGUGCCAGCGAUAUAUGAAAAGCAUGGGGACAUUAUUGACAUCCUUGGUGAGAAGGCAUUGUUUGAAUUAAAUAAUCUAUAUGCAGAUUUGAUGAAAAAGUUUUUCGGGAAAUCGCAACACUUGCAAGAGUGCUUUCUGGAUUAG